AUGGCGGGAGCUAUGGUUGGUGGUGCUUUUCUUUCUGCUUUUCUUCAGGUGGCUUUCGAUCGGCUGGCUUCUCGGGAUUUUCUAGAUUUUUUCAAAAAGCAAAAAUUGAAUCAGACAUUGCUCAGUAACUUGAAGAUCGUGCUAUUAUCCAUCGAUGCUGUGGUUGAUGAUGCAGAGCAAAAGCAGAUCACUAAUCCCAAGGUGAAGGACUGGAUUGAUUUGGUCAAAGAUGCUGUGUUCGAUGCCGAGGAUAUCUUGGAUGCGAUUGAUUAUGAAAUGUGCAAGGGCAAGCUGGAAGCUGAACAAAAGAGUCAAACCGGUGCUAUUGGCAAGGUACGAAGCUUCUUUAGUGCUUCUGUUAGUUCAUUUGAGAAGAAAAUUGAAUCCAGGAUGAAAACUGUCCUUGAAAAUCUAGAAUAUCUUGCAUCUCAGAGGGACAUAUUAAGAUUGAAUGAACGUGAUAGCGGUGCUGGAUUGAGAAGUGCUAUAUCAAAUAGAUUGCCAACUGCAUCUUUAGUGGAUGAAAAUGCAACAUACGGCAGGGAUGAUGACAAAGAAACCAUCAUUGAAUGGCUUCUGUCAGAAAAGUAUAACAACCAACCAUCUAUGAUUUCUAUAGUGGGUAUGGGUGGUCUGGGUAAAACUACUCUUGCCCAGCUCGUCUUUAAUGAUAGUAGGGUGAUGGAUGGGUUCAACCUCAAAGUUUGGGUGUGUGUCUCUGAUGAAUUCGAUGUAUUGAGGGUAACAAGAACAAUUUAUGAGGCAAUCACUGGAUAUAUGUAUGACACCAAUGAUUUAAAUACGCUUCAAAUUAAAUUGAAACAACAAUUAACUCAAAAGAGAUUUCUCCUUGUUUUAGACGACGUGUGGAAUGAAAAUUAUAUGCUAUGGGAGGCCUUGCAAUCACCAUUUAAUAAUGGGGCUCUGGGAAGCAAAAUUCUUCUAACUACUCGCAGCAAAAAAGUUGCUUCAACCAUGCGUUCUGCUGAUAUACUUCAAUUGAAGCCGUUAUCGAAAGGAGAUAGUUGGUCAUUAUUUAGUAGAUAUGCAUUCCAUGGUGGAAAUGUUCUUUGUGCAAACACCGACCUUGAAGAAAUUGGUAGAAAAAUCAGUAAAAAAUGCAAAGGGCUGCCUUUGGCUUUGAAAGCCAUUGGGAGUCUCUUAUACACAGAAUCAUCUCAUGAGAAUUGGAAUGGCAUUUUGAAAUGCGAGAUAUGGGAGGAAAAAAGCGAUAGCGAGAUUCUUCCUGCUUUGAGAUUGAGUUACUGCUACCUCCCCUCUCAUCUCAAAAGAUGCUUUGCUUAUUGUUCAAUAUUUCCUAAAGAUUAUGCUUUUGAUAAGGAGCAGUUAAUUCAACUAUGGAUGGCAGAAAAUUUUCUGACAUGUGCUCAUCAAAGCAAAGAUGGGAGAGAACUAGGAGAACAAUUCUUUAAUGACCUAUUGUUGAGGUCACUUUUUCAACGAUCACCAGUAGAUGACACUCGUUUCAUCAUGCAUGAUCUUACUAAUGAUAUGGCAAAAGUUGAAUAUGGAAAGUUUUGCCAUAGGUUGGAGUUAGAUGAUGUAAAUAAAUUGACAGAAAUGACCCGACAUAUUUCAUUUUUGAGAAAUUAUGUUAAUACAUCCAAACGAUUUGAGGUUAUAUACAAGGCUAAUAAAUUGCGCACUUUCUUGCCUUUGCCGAUGCAAGGUCAUAGAAGUACAAGCUAUAACUCCAUUCUUCACUUUAUAUCUGGCAAGUUCACUCACAAUUUGCCGUCCAAGUUCACUUGCAUGCGAGUUUUAUCUCUAUCUGAUCAUUUCAUCACACAGUUACCUGAUUCAAUAGGAAACCUCAAACAUCUCGGUUAUUUAGACUUAUCAGGAACUAAAAUAAGGAAACUGCCUGAUUCAAUAUGUCAACUGCAUCAUUUGCAAACUCUAAAGUUGUGGCGUUGUUGUCUUUUGGAAAAGUUACCAAUGGAUUUUCAUAAACUCAUGAAUCUACGUCACCUUGAUUUUCGCGAAACUCAGGUGAGAGAGAUGCCAGAGAAAUUUGAUAAGUUGAAAAACCUUCAAGUGUUGUCAUCAUUUAUUAUAGACAAAUUUGGAGAGACUAACAUCAAAUAUUUAGAAGGACUUAAUCUUCAUGGAUCAUUUUCCAUCUCAGGACUACAGAAUGUGGCUUCUCCCUCGGCUGCUUUAGGGGUCAAUUUGAGAAGCAAGAUACACCUAAAGGAGUUAACAUUAGAAUGGUGCACAGAGAACAAAAAAUCACCACAUGACAAGGAUGUGCUGGACAACUUCCAACCGCAUAAAAAUUUAAAAAAGCUAUCAAUUGGCAACUAUGGUGGUAUCGAGUUUCCAAAUUGGCUUGCAAAUCAUUCGUUGUCCAAUUUAAUGUCCCUAGAGCUAAGGCAUUGCAAAUACUGUAUAUCCUUGCCAUCAAUUGGCCUCUUUCCAUCUCUCAAGUCAUUGUCAAUUAUAGGGUUUGAUAAUAUAGUAGUUAUUGGUCCAGAAUUUUGCGGAAGUAGCUCUAAUGCUUCAUCCCUAGAAAUCUUGAGGUUUGGAGAUAUGAAGAGCUGGGAGGAAUGGAAGUGUGAAAUUUUGCCAUUAACUUUCCCUCAUCUUCAAGAGUUGAGUAUAGAAAAUUGUCCCAAAUUGAAAGGGCAACUUCCUCAACAACUUCCUUCUCUAAGGAUGCUAGUAAUUUCCAAUUGUGAGAAGCUUUUGUCUUCCAUUCCACGGGAUCCAUCUCUGGAUAAAUUGGUUCUAAGAAAUUGUGGAAAUGAGCAGUUAGAAAGUCUUCCAUCAUCUCUAAAAGUCCUUGACAUUUCUGGAGGCUUCAAAAAUUUAUUAUCAGUUGACAAAAUUAAGAGUGUCAUUGCUAAUUGUAAGCUUGAAGAGUUGAAGUUUUCUGAUUGUCCCCACCUUGAUUUGCCACCGUGCUAUUUUCAUAACUUCAUUCUUGAGAUGGAGAUAAGGGGGAGUUGCGACUCUCUCAAGUCUUUUCCUCUGGAUUUAUUCCCGAAGCUUCAAUCAUUGAAGUUGAUUGACUGUAAUAAUCUUGAAAUGAUAUCUAUUUCAGAGGGGAACCAUUUUUCUCUAGUAGACUUGUACAUACGAAAGUGUCCUAGAUUUGUACGUUUUCCUAAAGGAGGGUUUUUAGCCCCCAAACUAAUGUUGUGCUGCAUUGAAGAAUUGAAGAAUUUGAAAUCACUGCCAGAGAAGAUGUGCAUUUUCUUUCCCUCUCUCUUAUAUCUGGUAAUAAGAUGUUGCCCACAAGUGGAAUCAUUUUUAGAGGAAGGUCUCCCAUCAAAACUCCAAUAUCUUGAUGUCUUGGAAUGCCCGAAACUUAUAGCCUCUCGAAGGGGGUGGCAUUUGAAUAGCCUUACUUCAUUGUAUCACUUAGGGAUUGGAGAUGCAGAUGACGAGUCUCUUCCUGAUAUUGGACUACUUCCGCCUACUAUUACUAGUCUUUCAUUCCAUAACUGCCCAAAUCUUAGAUCAUUGGAACACAAAGGUCUUUGCCACUUAUCCUCUUUGGAAGGACUGGGAUUUCGUGGCUGCCCUAAACUCCAACACUUUCCAAAGGAGGAUUUGCUCAAUUCCCUUUGUAUGCUACGGGUUAUUGGCUGUCCCUUACUCAAAAAGAAGAUCCAAAAACAAAAUGGAAAAUAUCGGGCAAUUAUUUCUCACAUCCCUUUUAGUAGCACUGAAGAUGAUGUAGUAGGAUUGAUAGGCGAGCUCCUCACUCAUGAAGGCGUCAGUUUUGCCACUAUCCAUUCUGCAUACGCUCGUUAG